CGUCGCAUCGAGAGAAUAUUGAACCAACAGUGCGAGCGUGAAAGCGUUUCGGCAGUGUUUCCGCUGUUACUUUCAAAGUAUAUUUUUUUGAAAAUUCAAGAGCUAUGUCUGACUACUACGUUGACGAAUACGAGCAUUUCAACUACGAUUACGACAAGCAUAUCUUUACUGGCCACAGUGGUAAACAAAGAAGCAAACGCGAAGCUCUGACACAUACAAAUCAUUUCGAUCCGAGCGGCCAUUCCAGAAAGAUCCUGACCAAAUUGAUGAAUUCCGAGCAUAACAAACGAAAUGCUGGAAAAACCAAGGCAUAAAUUGACCUUGAAGUUUGCUGUCUUAUUAUUCGAAGAAGUGUUUGUUUGUCAAUUUUGACAGACUAAAAUCUUUUGGAUAUAUAAUAAGGAACAAUUUUUUUUUUAUUUCCUUCAUUCUCAGCAAUGCAUUUAGUAGCUAAACAUAAUAUUCUUGCUUAGAAUAAAUAAUCAUUAGUACUUAGUAAAAGAAUAGGCAGCAUCUUGUAAUCAUCAUUAUUUCUCAUGGUAUAUCCUAUCAUUUUUAGGAUAAAUAUUUCCUAGUUAGACUACUCUUGAUCCAAGAUCACCCGAAUCUAGAGUUUUUGUGAUACGAUAGGAAGUUGAUAUGUGUAUAUUGGAUUGACGCACAUUGUGAAACUUCAUAGUUCUCAAGUAUCUACUUUGAAAUAUGAGUACUGACUGUAGUAUAUAGUGAUUUACUUGAAUCUGCGAAAAUUUUGUAUUCAAUGUGGAUAUAUUAAAAAGUUGCAUUCAUUUUGAAGAUAUAACUUAAAUUUUCGUUAACUUUACAUGACUUUAUUAUUGUUUUAAAUCAAUUAGAAAGUUCAAUGUAUUCAAAAUGAUUAAAAUGUGUAAUUAUAACAAAAGAAAUAAAAAUUAAUAAUUAGUGAAAA